AUGUCUGAGGAUCAGGAAGACAUAAAUAUCAAUGAACUGGUAGGUAAUCUCCUAGCGGCUCACAAUGAACAGGAGCCUCCCAAUGAUUUAGAGGAGAACCUUGAAAAUCAGGAGUUAUCAGAUCUUAAUAAUAAUGGCACUGUGGAUGACGAUAUCGAAUUCGGUGAUGCCGAUUUGGCUGCAGUUGUGGCUCAGGCUAUAGGAAAUAUGGACGAAGGUGAAGACGAACAGCCCACUGAGAAGCCCCAGCACGAUGGAACUACGUAUAACGAUAAUAUGGAACAAGCUCAGGAUAGUCAGAAUAAAGAAGAGGAAUGGGCUCACAUUCUUCAACAAGGUCUACUCCAAGCUACGCAAGAAGUGCCUAAUGAUGAAGUACCAGCAGAAGAACAGGAACAUCGCAUCGAACAUCUUGAUCAAGAGGACGAGACGUUAAGACGGGCCAUCUUGGACUCUUUACAACAGCUUAAUGUUGAGGAUGAUACCGUACACGGCACUACCACUGCCUUCACAGCCGAUGAGAUAGCAAAGGACAAGACCAAAGAACUCGACAAAGCCAAGGAAAAGGAAAAGAAAUCCAAGAAGAAAGAAGCCAAGAAGGCUGCUAAGAAAAAGUCCAAAAAGAAGAAGGAAUCUGGAAAGAAAGUUAAAAGCUCUAAAAAAGAUUCAAAGCAUACUACUCUAACAGGUCCUCCAGAUGAUGAUAUUUUGAACUUCGAAGAUGUAAUAAAAGGAUUCAUGGAGCAAAGUAAUGUUACAGAAGCUGGAUCUAGUCAAGCAUUUCAGGAAUCUGCCGCAUCCACGAGUAACACUGAAAUUAAUGAUGCUGAGACGCAGGCAAUCGUAGAAGCGACAUUGAGAGCUUUUGAGAAUGAACUUCUUGGGGGCCCUACAGUUGUGGCACAAAAAACUACUGGUGAAGUACCGAAGAAGAAAUCAAGCGCAAGUAAAAAACCCUCUUCAUCGAAAAUCAAGGAUAAGAAGGCUACGAAGGCUGCAUCCCAGGCUUCCUCAGCUAAAAGCAAAACAAAAUCUUCACAGACCUCCAAGAAAAGGAAACAGUCAAAAAAAGAUUCUGAUCAACCAGAUCAGUAUGACGAAGAUGAAUUUUCAAGAGCACUUGCUGAGAUGGUGAGUCAAGUUGUAAAUAGUUCGAUAUCCGAUACACAACCUGCACCAUCGCAUGACUCUUCUGCGCAACAAACUUCAGUGUCCUCACCUUUCACCGCCGUGGAACCUCUUAACUCUUCUCAUGAAAUGAUGGUCUCGUCGGGUGCGGAUGAAGGUUUUGAUCUUAAUCAGAUAAUGCAAAAUGCCAUGGCUAUGGCUUUUCAUGAUCAAACACAAAGUCAAUCAGAUGCAGGUGCAGUUGAGGAUUUUAAUCGUGCACUUGGAGAUAUGAAUGUCGCUGAUUUAUUAGGUGGACUACAAACAGAAAAAAGUAAGAAGUUAACUUCGAAAAAGAAGCACCCUUCCGAGAAGAAAUCACAUCACACAAAAGCUAACAAACAUAAAUCACAAUUGGAAGCAGCAGCAGCGGCUGCCGCAGCGGCUGCUGCAACCACAUAUCAUGAGGGAUUUGGUGCGUUAUUACACCCAGAAAGAUUAUCAGAACCUUUUUCUCUACCUUUACCAGAUCAAAGCAGUAUAGCGAUUCCAAAGAAAUCACCUAGACCGCAGCUUUCACCCGAGCAGCUUUUACACAAAAAGUAUUCUCUGGCAGCUAGUGCAGCUGCAGCUGAGGCUAAAAGACGUAUAUCAAAGAAGAAUAAGGAGGCAAGAUUGAAAAUACGUGAGGAGAGAAGGGUUGCUCGCGCUGAAAAGAAGCGUAAAAAGGAGGAGGAAAAGCUAAGGCAAGCUGAAGAGAGAAAAGAGCUCGAAGUAAUAGUUUCCAAGGGCCCUCCUUAUCCCCCGGACUUACGGUUGACAAAAAGUGGUAAGCCUAAGAAGCCCUAUAGGAGGUAUACCCCAGAAGAAAUGGCUAAGAGAGCUCUUUUGCCCCCAGAAGAGCUCGAAAAGCCAAGAAAAGCUAGCAAAGAUCGCAAAAAGAAAGAGAAAAAGCCAAAAAGAAUACCACUAUCAACUCUCAAAAAAAUUCCAUUAUUCAAUUUCAUCAAAGGUAACGUUCCAUAUGACGUUAAAACUAAGUUGAAUGAUAUUGAUGGAACAUUGGCACGGAUACCUUUGGCAACUGCGCGUGCAAUUGCGGAAAGAGAUGCUGAAAUCAGCACGAAAUUGAAGCAAGGUACUUUACUUCAAGAUCCAUUGACGAACCUGAAUCAGCGCGCUAUGCUACUUCGUUUGGGUAGCAAUGGAAUUAAGGACCUCAAGAAGGGCACGUUCGAUCCUAAUCACAAAACAGUUGUUCACCGUGAGAAAGUGCCAUUUCAUCCACCUUGGGAGAUGCCUUCCCAUCCCCCACUUGCUUUGCCAACUGCCAGAAGAAAGAAAAAGGAUAAGAGGAGAAGAGACGUCAGUUUCAGGAAAGCUUCAAAAAGUCAUAGAUCUUCCAAGUCAAGAACUCAACCUCUCAGCUUUGUUUCAGGUAACAGAAUCGUUCCCGCCGCUUUAUUUCCUAUCAUUAACACUUUGAAAGCUGCUGCAAAAGCGAAGGCUGCUGCUGGAGCAUCUCCACAGGAGGCAAGUAAGCAUCUUGGUGCUAUGUUGCAACAUGCAAGAGUGACCAUAGCACAAACUCUUGCUGCUGCAAGAGGACAAGCGAACAGAAAUUAUGCGUCAAUUAGGAAUCAAGACGAUAUCAAACGAUUGCAAGAACGAGAUAUCUCAGUUAAGAGAAUUCCAAUAUUCAACUUGUCCAGCAUCAAAACAAUAGAUACUAAAGACGACAGCAAUCUACCUUCGAAAACUGGGGCAGAAAGCGAAAAGGACAAAGCUCCAACAUUUAUAGAUCUAGAAGCCGCAAGUCCCUCAGAGAUUACCAAGCAAGGAGAUAGCCCAAAAGUCACUCCAUCUAAUAAGGAAGUCGCAAGUGCCUCUUCAUAUACUGAGAAAAGGGGACAAACUACAGCGGUGGUUCAUUCUGAGGUCAGUGAUUCUCAAUCAUCCCAUCCGGUAACGCCAAAUUCUCUUACGUCUUUGAAGGGCAUGAGCACUGCAGUCGUCGCAAAUCUGCCCCUGUCCGAAAACCACAGUAUAACCACGGCAACGGUUUCUGACCCUCUUAUUAAGGUCGAAAACCAAGAUCACAUUUUGAAGAUGGAUAAUAUUCAAGAGUCUGCACAGAUUAACAAACCGCCACCUUCAAUAGCCAAAGUUGUACCUGUGAAGCCAAUAAAACACGAGAAUCCUGCGAUUAUCACCUCAGGGCAGCCUGUAAUUUCAAAGAACGUGAGCAACAUGGUGGAAAAUAUUAUCAAACAGCAACUUUCCAAGGCUGAAAGGAACGGAAGCGAACUUCCACCGGAGUAUGGUAGUAUUUUGUCAAGCACUAUAUCGGACUUGAUAUCACCCCAAGAAAAGCCUAGGAAAAAAUACACAAAAAGGCCUCCCCCAAUGCUCAACCUCGAGGGUUCAAUUCCACCAAGUUUCAAGCCAAAAACAGAACCAAUAGGAAGCAGCGAUAGUCUUCAAACGGUGUCGGAGAGUAAACCUUCAGAAAUGACAGUGAGGAAGGUUGAACCUAGUCGUUCUUCUACAGGCCCCGAAAUUCUCUAUCAAUUCAAAAUUCCAACAAAAGACAUAAACGGGAAUCCUCUGAGAUCAAUAUCUAUCUUGCGUAGGGCAAAAAAUCAUCUUAACAGCGAGGAAUUAGGGAAAUUAAAAAAGAGUGUAAAUAAUGAGAGGAAAAGAAAAUGGCGAGAAGCAAAUGGCAAGAAAAACAAAGACCACGACUUACGCGCAAGGCUGAGAAAGCGUGCGAAUAUACUCUUUGGUGAGCAAAAUUCACAGCAAAAAAACGAAUGGUUCGAUACAGAGUAUGCGAAGAGGGCUAUAAAAUUAGAGAAUGAAUCUGAUGACUUACCAAUCGUGCAACAAUCUUCUGAGCCUACCACAAGUGUCUCCGAUAUGGAAGUUUUGAAUUUGAUUGCCGUAACUUUCAAUAAUUUGGAAGCUGCUAGAGCGAUUGAGAAAGAAAUUAAUGAUGAGGCAAAAUUAAUUUCUACUGAAGGGAGGAGUUCUCAAAAGAGGCGCACUAAAGAAUCUUCUUCUACGCCUGUGCCAAUUAAAAUCGAUACUUCGAAACAGAUUCCACAUCACCCUGUGAACGAAACAGACCGAACCAAACCAAAAUUUCCGGUUGUAAGUACUUCGAUUGAUCCUACUUUAAGCAAUGAUUCCAAGAGAUCUGGGGAUGAUAGAAUUGAAGCUGAGCAGCAUGAUGCUAAGAGACCAAAAAUACAGUUUGGUAGUGAAAAGCCAGUGCAAAAAGCAUCAGUCCCUGCUCUACACAGACCAGGUUACAUCAACAUGGAGAAUAUUUGA